UCCACUAUAGAGAACUUUUUUCUCUUUCUUUCUCGUCCACUGAUAUUGCAAUAUUUGUCAAUUGUUACAUGAGUGAUGAUGAUUCAUUAAUUCAUCACAGAAUUGGCAAUGAAAUUAAAUCUACAAAACAAUACGUUGACAAUUGGUGUGAAUGAGGUUCCACCUUAUACCCUACUUGAUAAAGAAUAUCUUCAUAUGGAUUGUGGAUCCGAAAUGGGACUAAUCAAAGCGAUGGCUUCAUAUUUUAAUUUUUCAAUAAAUUUUAUCAAUUAUAAUAAAAUUGUUGGCCAAAAACAUCGUAACGGAUCAUGGACCGGUUUAAUUGGAUCACUGAUUGAUCAGCAAAUAGAUAUUGGAAUCGGUGCCAUAAGUUUUGAUUAUAAUAAAUCAAUUAUAUUACCAUUUCUUUAUCCACAUUGUAUAAGUUCGGUUACAUUUGUAACGCAAGCACCACGAAUCAUUUCAACACAAGUUUUACAUCGUCCAUUCGCUUCUUUUGUUUGGUAUUCAUUAAUUUUUGCACUAUUAAUUUGUUUCAUUUUUGAUCGUAUACAAAGACAAUAUAAUUGGAAAAAAAUUGAUUUAUUCUGGAUAAGCUUUGCUCAAUUAUUUCAUCAAAAUUCUUAUCAAAAAUUGUCCUUUCCAUCAUACAUAUCAAUUUGGAUGAUAUCAUGGAAUCUGGGAAUGUUUGUUCUAAGUAUCGCAUAUUCUAGUUGUUUGUAUUCAUUGAUUGCAGCACCAUCAUAUUCCAUGACCAUCGAUACUAUCAAACAAUUAUUCAAUGCAAUUCAUUCUGGACAGAUUAUUGCAACAAGUUUGGAUGAACCUAGAUAUAUCGAAUACUUUCAGGAUUGGAUUGGAAAUUCAACCAAUGAAAUUGAUGAUAUCUGGAAAACCGUUCCAAAUACAAUUUCGGCAAUGAAAAUGAUACGUGAUUCAUUUAUUAAUAAAACGAAAACACCUUAUGCUUAUAUAGAUUUACGUGAAACACUUCAAUUUGCUCGGACUGAUUUUGGCGAAAGAUAUUUCUAUCUACCAUCCGAAAGUUCAUUUUCGCAAAUGUAUUCAAAUAUUUUAGCCAUACCUUUACGUACAGAUUUUUCAUUUUAUAAUGAAUUCAAUCAAAUACAAAAACGCCUAUUUUCUUCCGGUUUAUUAAACCAUUGGCAACAAGAAUGUUAUAUCGAAUUGAAAGGUAAACGAAAAGCCAAUACAACCCCAUUGAUGACAAAAAAAAUGGCAUUCACAUUGAAUCAAUUGAAUAAUUUUUUCAUGGUAUAUAUUCAAUCGAUUCUAGUUUCAAUCAUAAUGUUUGCCAUUGAAUUUUUUUGGCGUUUAUUCUGUCCCAUAAGAUGACAUGUAUUUUUUUCUGACAAAAAAAAAUCUUUCAUCGAUCGAUUCAGUUUUUUUUUACCUUUUCAAAAAUCUAUGAAUUU